UAUGGUUUCGUAAAGAGCUAAUGCGUUAUUAGUUUCCUUGUCCAAAACAUAACAUACCUUAAAUACUUUUUGGUCGGAAAUCGGAAAUCGAGAAAAAGCAAAGACGAACCCUUUUUAUGUCUGACUUGUUUAUUUAAGUUUAAGUUGCUUUCUGUGUGUGUUGUUAAGCUUAAAAGUGUAAUCAGCGUGCGUAAAAUUGACAUUAUUAUAAAUAAUACAAUAAAUAAUGGAUGAUGACGCCAGUUCCGAUUUACAGAAGUGUUUAUCAGACGGCCAUAUGGAUACAGAUGAAGGGCCGCUAAUUAAUGAAAAUUCGAAUGGUUUGUCACAAUUAUUGACCGACGGGGAAUUUAGUGUUGACGCUGUGGUUGUUGACGAGUCGUCUGCGUCGAAUCAAGCUUUUCUUAACGCGGUCGAACUGUCGGGCAGCGUUGGUGAUUAUUUAGACAAUAACACGGUCGGCUUUAACACCGACUCGUUCGAUGUCGGCGACAAUGCUGUCAACUUCCCCAGCGAUUCUUUGAAUAACGUGCUGUCCGAUGGAGACACCCGCUUUAACGAUGCCUUCAAAACUACCUCUGAUAUAGAUUUAGAUUUCUCAGAGACCCAAAAAUCUGAAAUAGAGGCUGCAAGUGAGCCAGACUUUAAUAAUGUGAUAGAAAAUGAUUUAGUGUCUGCGUCAUCUGAAGAUGUUGUGAAACAUAAUGAUAUCACUAUGGAAACACAAGAUAAUGAUCAAAUGACAAAUGAUAUACCCAAGGAAACCAAUUUGUCUGAAGUUGAAAAUGGCCAGCUAUUAAAAAAAAAGGAUUCUGAAGAUGAAAUGCUAUUUAGUAACAAUGGAAAAUCUAAUGCAAUUGAAAAUAAAAAAACAUGCAAUGAAGUUCAAGACAGUGAUAGUGCUGCUACGAAAAUUGAAUCAGACAAUGUAAGUGAAGAAAAACUACAAGAAUCUAAAAUUAUCGAAAAUGAAGAAAAUAAAAAGGUGGGUGGUGCCGAAGAAACAGAAGUUGUGUCUGAAGAUGAGCUCCCAACAGUUCAGAAACCGAGUGUAAAAGAUGCUGAAAAUGUCUCGGAUGAUGAACUACCAGGACCUAAACCUGCCGAACUACCCGCCGAUACUGAGGUUGUAUCUGAGGAUGAAUUGCCGGCGUCAAAGAAAGACACAAAAGAAUCUCGAAAACGAAAAACCGGGGAAGAAAGAGAUGGUUAUGAUCCUGGUUCUCCAACAUCUGAGGGUGAAUCGUCUGGGAAAAAGCAGGCAAUAGCUAAGAAUGGUGAAAGCAAACCUGUGCCUUCUGAAAAAAGAUCAUCUGUGGAUGAAAAACCAAAAAAGAAAACUCUUCCAGAACUUGACAAAUACUGGAAAGUUGUUAAUGAUGACCCUACAGACUUUACAGGGUGGACUUAUUUAUUACAAUAUGUUGAUCAAGAAAGCGACGUGGAGGCCGCGCGGGAGGCGUACGACGCGUUCCUGUCGCACUACCCGUACUGCUACGGCUACUGGCGCAAGUACGCCGACUAUGAAAAGCGUAAAGGAAGUAAAAAGAAAUGCCUCGAGGUGUUGGAAAGGGGACUUAAAGCUAUUCCCCUAUCCGUGGACCUUUGGAUCCAUUAUCUCAAUCACGUUAAGUCGACGAGGACCGAAGACCACGUCUACAUUCGGUCGCAGUACGAGCGGGCGAUAGAGGCUUGCGGCUUGGAGUUCCGCUCGGAUCGCCUUUGGGAGUCUUACAUCAAGUGGGAAGCGGAGAACGGAUCAGCUCUACAAGUCACCAACAUCUAUGAUCGCCUCUUGGCUACGCCCACACUCGGUUACACUUCACAUUUCGACAAUUUCCAGGAGCACGUGAUGUCGGAGCCGGUGUCGGGCGUGGUGUCGGCCGCGGAGCUGGUGCGCCUGCGCGGGGAGGUGCGCGACGCCGCGCCCGCGCCGCCGCCGCCCGACCUGCCGCCCGGCGAGGACGAGCCGCUCGACCACGUCGCUUCAGAGGAAGAGGCGCAGGCAAUAAAGGAACGUAUCAUCGCAACUCGGCGGAAAGUGCACAAAGCCACCGGUGAGGAGGUUGCCGCCAGGUGGACCUUCGAAGAGGGGAUCAAGCGUCCCUACUUCCAUGUCAAACCUUUGGAGAGGUGUCAGUUGAAAAAUUGGAAAGCGUACCUCGAAUGGGAGAAGCAAAACGGUUCAUUCAAGAGGGCCUUGGUACUACACGAACGAUGUUUAAUCGCCUGUGCCCUUUAUGAAGAGUUUUGGAUGCGGCUGAUCAAGUUCCUGGAGGAGCGCGCGGCGACGCAGCCCGAGCUGGUGGCGCUGCAGCGCGAGGCGCUGGAGCGCGCCUGCACCGUGCACCACCUGGGCAAGCCCGAGCUGCACAUGCUCUGGGCGCAGUUCGAGGAGGCGCACGGCAACGCGGCGCGCGCCGCCGACAUCCUCGAGCGCUUCGAGAAGUCCUGCCCCACGCUCGUGCAGAUCCACUACAGACGAAUAAAUCUAGAACGUCGUCGCGGUGACUAUGACAAGUGUAUCCAGUUGUAUGAGGGUUACAUAUCUUCUGCCAAAUUCAAACCAGUGGCGUCGGCUAUGGCAAUUAAAUACGCGCGUUUCCUAUUUCACGUAAAGCAGGAUAAGGCCGCCGCCCGGAAGGUUCUCGACGAAGCUAUAAUAAAAGAACCUCUAAAUGCCAGAUUGCAUAUGCAACGGUUGGACUUAGCUCUACACACGCCUGGUACACCUUAUGAAGAACUCGAAGAGCUGGUGAUGAGCUACGAGAAGCAGGAGGGCGCGGAGGCGGAGACGGUGGCGGCGCUGGCGGCGCGGCGGCGCGAGCUGGCGGAGGAGCUCGGGCCCGCCGCCGCCGCGCGCGCCGCCGCCGCGCAGCUCCGCGCCGCGCACAAGCUGCUGCGCAAGCGCGCGCGCGCCGGCAAGCACGACGCGCCCGCGCACCACGCAGCUACGACGGACGCGAAGAAGAAGGAGUGCGCGGCGAGCGCGGUGAGCGCCACCGCCGUGACGUGCAGCGCCUCCUCGUACUACCAGACGCCGGCCGCCACGGCGCAGUCCUACGACCAGUCGUACGCGCAGCCCUACACGCCGCCCUGGGGCUACCAGCAGCCGCCCUACCAGCAUCAUGCGCACCCUUGGCCGCAGUACCCCAACUACUACUAACGACGUGUCCGCUCUAUCCGUACAAUCGAGUGUACUCUCUUGACGCCACCGUAUUUUGUAUCUUUAUCGAUGACGUGAGCAAUAUGAAAUUACUUCUAUUGUAAAAAAAAAAUAUAAUAAUAUUAGAAUGUUACAAAUGAAAAUUCCUCAUUAUGUUCACCUGUUCUAAAAAUAAGUUCGAAUUCUGGAGGUUCCAGGUGGGACUUGUGGUGAUUUUGUUUAUCAUUUGAAACAUGUUCUUUCUAUUCGACUAUAUUUUCAGUUUAAAACUUUGUAUAGUUAUCUUAUUUACUUGCAUUAUUGGUAUGUCGUAUAUUCUGUAGGUAAUACAAUCACUGUGUGGUUGGCAUAUUUUAAUGUAAAAUAUAAAAUUUUGACACUAAUUUUCUAAUUACAAAACUUUUUUUUUUUUUUAAAUAUAUAUAAUGGGUAUAUAAUGUUUUUCCGUAAUAUACUUUUUUAUUUGCCAAUUACCUGAUUAUUUUAAAAUAAUCUAUGUGUCACGUGUUUGUUUAGAUUCCAAAUAAAACAAAUGAAAUUA